GGUUUAUUCAAAGCUGUGAAACGCACCAGUCGCUUAGGGGCGCGUUAACGACGCAGUUUUGUAAAAUUACGAGUAGUUGAUAUUAUAAAUUGUAACAAAAUGUCGAAAUACGUUUUGGAGUUUCUCGUUUUGAUUGCUUGUGUGGAAUUUGGUACAUCAAUCAGAUGCUACGAAUGCAACAGUGCUAACAACUCAAUGUGCAUAGACCCCACCAUCUACGAUGAUGAAACCGUGCAGAGGUACCUCCACUCAACCGACUGUUCCCGCAGCGCUUUCCAGGCACCUAAUCCAUUGGCAUCACAGCAGAUGUUUUGCAGGAAAAUCGUACAGACGAUCCUUCAUAAGGGCCACGAUCCUGAGGUCCGGGUGACUCGCGGCUGCGGUUGGGUGAAACACCACAAGGCCUGCUACAAGGCCGAUAAUGAGGACCACUUGGAGACUGUGUGCCAAUGCUUCAGCGAUGACUGUAACUCUGCUAUGACGGUUAACCACAGUAUACUAACUAUAUUUACAAGCUUAGCGUUUAUUUUACUGAAAUAUAAAAUGGUUUAAAAUAAAUAUUUUACGUUAGUUUGUAUUAUGUAGUUUCUAUAUGA